AGUGGGGUGCCUGCUUAAUCAGGCAGAGGUAAACAUGCCCUCUGAGGAAAAAGAAGGGAACAUUCCUCAAAUGGAGCGGGGAGUACGUGUCGUUCAGCCAACAAGAAAACAACGUACAUGAAGUGGGUCCACAGAUACAGACACCCACGAUAAAAGACAUUAUUGAAUUAGAAGUGUGGUCAUCGAACGGGAGCAAAAAAAGUUUGACUUUAUUUGCUUUCAGUUUUUUUUUUUAGCCUGAAAAAGUAAGAUUCCCACUGCGCCUUUUCAAAGAAGAAAACCCCUCAGCAACACACCAUGCUGCAACUUUAAAAGAGCUGCUUUCCUUUUUGCUCGACUCGGAGUUUGUUUCAUCGCAUGAGACUUUCUCUCUGAAGCAGACGAGUUAAAUGUUGGUGGUGUGACACGCUGAUCCCAGUUCGGCGCUGAUGUUGACUACAUCUGUCGGCUACUGAUAACUGCUCGGAAUUUCACACGGAUGGAGUGAAGUGUAUUUGCUCAUGUCUUUGUGUGUGUACACACUGGUGUGUGAGUGUGUGAGUGUUGUUUACAGAAGGUGGGACGUGUUUAAUGGCACACUAGUACAGUAUCCACACAUCCUGUGAAUGUGUUUGUGUUAGUGGGUGCAGGUGGCAGUAAAGAAAAUGGGGCACAGGGAAAUGCUGAACAAGUACAGAGGGGAGAGGGGAUUCUGCAGUAAGGACACUGCAGUAAAUACAGCCAUACAUGUGACAGAGGAGGUGAAAUGUAGAGGAUGGGCCCAGUGUCCCGGUGCCUGAGGAGAUGUCUCUGGGUCGGCUCCUGCGGCGUGCCUCCUCCAAGGCCUCCGACCUCCUGACCUUUAACCCUGGGGCGGGGGGCACAUCGCUGCGCUCGGGCCUGGACGGCGAGAUCAUCUUCUCCAAAAAUAAUGUUUGCGUGCACCCUGCAGAGCCCCUGCCGGGCUUGGCAGAGCACCACCCAGGCUACCUGUGCGUGCACACGGAGAAGGAUGAAAGCCUGGGCACCACUCUGAUUCUGACCUGGGUGCCCAACUCCCGCAUCCAGAGGCAGGAUGAGGAGGCGCUGCGUUACAUCACGCCUGAGAGCUCCCCUGUACGCAGGAACGCACGCCGCAGAGGCCGACGACCCCACUCCCGUCACCCAGCUGCCCAGGAGGAGGAUGAGGAUGAGGAGAGAAACAUUACCAGCAGCACCUCCACAGAGAGCCACAGCCUGGUGGUAGAGGCAGGAGCGGAUCCCUCCUCACACCCGCAGCAGCUGCCCUCGGCGGGGGAGGAGGGUGACGAGGGGUCCUGCGAGCUGUCAGACGAAGUGAGCCGGGACAGCACCAUGGGCUCGGACUCGGACACUUUCUCCUCGCCUUUCUGCCUGUCCCCCGUCAGCGAGGCCCUCUGCGAGAGCAGCGGCUCCGUCUUCCUGGACAGCGAAAGCAGGGAGCUGUGCGAGGAGUCCAUGACCCACUCCGCAAGCUCGGCUUCCAGUCUGGACAGCCACGCACCCUCUGAGAGCAGCGGCCAGUCACAGGGCGCGCGGUGGGAGGAGCAGCAAAAGGUGCUGGCUCUGGAGCAGUUGUGUGGCGUUUUCAGGGUGGACUUGGGUCACAUGAGGUCGCUGAGACUCUUCUUCAGCGAUGAGGCAUGUACCAGUGGCCAGCUGGUGAUAGCCAGCAGAGAGAGCCAAUAUAAAAUUCUCCACUUCCAUCAUGCUGGCCUGGAGAAGCUGGCUGAGGUCUUCCAACAGUGGAAGUGCUGCAGGGAAACUCAGCUUAAAGACCAGGUGUCAGUUGAGAAAUCCUGCAUGCAAUUUUCCAUCCAGAGGCCCACCCUGCCGUCAGCUGAGACCCACCCAGAGGAGAAGCUUUAUCGGCGGCUGGACGUCACCACCUGGCUGCGUCACCUCAACCACAGUGGGCAGGUUGAGGAAGAGUAUAAGCUACGCAAGGCCAUCUUCUUCGGUGGCAUUGAUCCAUCCAUCCGUGGCGAGGUGUGGCCCUUCCUGUUGCACUACUACAGCUAUGACUCCACCUCUCAGGAGCGGGAGGCCUGGAGGCUUCAAAAACGUACCGACUAUCAUGACAUCCAGCAGAGGAGAUUGUCCAUGAGCCCGGAAGAGCACAGCGAGUUUUGGAGAAAGGUCCAGUUCACAGUGGAUAAAGACGUGGUGAGAACAGACCGCAGCAACCACUUCUUCAGAGGAGAGAACAACCCCAAUGUGGAGAUCAUGAGGCGGAUUCUGCUCAACUAUGCAGUGUUUAAUCCUGACAUGGGCUACUGCCAGGGCAUGUCUGACCUGGUGGCCCCACUGCUCACUGAGAUCCAGGAUGAAAGCGACACCUUCUGGUGCUUCGUCGGCCUCAUGGAGAACACCAUCUUCAUUAGCUCACCACGUGAUGAAGACAUGGAGAGGCAGCUGAUGUACCUGCGGGAGCUGCUGCGUCUCAUGCUGCCCCGCUUCCACCAGCACCUGACCAGGCUGGGGGAGGACGGCCUGCAGCUGCUCUUCUGCCACCGCUGGAUCCUGCUCUGCUUCAAACGAGAGUUCCCCGACACCGAGGCUCUGCGCAUGUGGGAGGCCUGCUGGGCACACUACCAGACGGACUACUUCCACCUGUUCCUGUGUGUGGCCAUCAUUGUUCUCUACGGGGAGGAUGUGACAGAACAGCAGCUCGCCACUGACCAAAUGUUGCUCCACUUCAGCAACCUCUCCAUGCACAUGAAUGGAGAACUUGUGCUACGCAAGGCCCGCAGCCUACUCUACCAGUUUCGCCUCCUCCCCAGAAUCCCAUGCAGCCUACAUGACCUCUGUAAACUGUGUGGUCCGGGGAUGUGGGACAGCCGCUACAUCCCCACUGUGGAGUGUUCUGGUGAACAUCCAGACUCGCAGAGCUGCCCCUAUGGAGGCACCUCCACCCCCCAGCCCUGUUCUCCCUCCCCGUCAUCCACGCCCUCGCCCUCACCAAACCCCACCCCCACGCCUCCGUUAGAGGGGAAGAAAGGCUCCAAAACCCGGGAUAUUUUCACCUUCCGGAAACAGUCAUGAGAUGGAGGCGAUGGGGAGCUUUGCUGGUCUUGGCUCAUGUUAGUACAGCAAAGGUUUGGAUCCAUCUGCUGGAUUCCUGAUCUAUUUGUUUUUUUUUUCCACAGUCCCUGCUUCUAGUUUCACUAUUACUGAAGAUUUUUGUCACUUGAUCCUUUCAUGUGGUGCAGCGUGGAACACUGCCUUACCAGAAUGUUAUUUGCAACGUUCAGCAUCACAUGAAUCUGCAAUUAAGAGGGUUUUGAUGCCAGAUAAGCCGUAAGACAAGGGGCUGCUUUCCUCUUGUAGCAAAAUGGACAAUCACCAGGCAUUAUGUAGGUCCGGGGCUACUUCAGGUUCGAGUCUGCUGCUGGCUUGGCAUACUUCCAUGGGCUUUAUGGGCAGGGGUCACAUCAGGGUCUGAGGCACCAGCCAGAAUUCGUGCAGAAUCUGACCACGGGUCAAAUGAAACUGGAGAUUCAUUCACAAGACUUGAACUUGAACUUGAAAAAAAAUGUUCCUGUGUUCU